AUGCCUUUGGAUUAUAGUAAAUGGGAUAACCUUGAGUUAUCUGAUGACUCAGAUAUCGAAGUUCAUCCUAACGUUGAUAAACGGUCUAUGAUCAAAUGGAAGCGAGAAGCGAUACAUCGUGAACGUGCUGAACGUAAAGCAAAGAUCGAGUAUCUUCAAAAGUUCAUCCCUCAGCAAAAGAAUGUAUUACAGAAAGUAAAGGACUUGAGGAACCUCUUGAAUCAAGAUGAUGGCGUCAAGAAGGUAAUGGAGAAACUGGAAAGCUAUCAAUCGGAAGCAAAGGCACUCGAUUUGCCAAAGCCUCCAGCUGGACAGCCUCAACUGAAUAUAAAGGAUAUAUUUGCUGCUAUGAAGAUUCAAAUUGCUACUGGCUUAGUUCAAACUUCUUCGGAACAAGUAAAACAGACAUUACUUGAACGAUUUUGUCAAACCGAAAAUACAGUUCAAAAGACUGUCGAUAAUGCUAGUCAGGAACUGGAGAAGCUCGAAAAGGAAGCUCGUAAAAAAUUGACAAGUGAAAAUAUGUUUACCUCUGAAAAAUCAUCAAAGACUAUUCUUAAUAAACCAAAACCAUUAUCAUCUAAUAAGAAGAUGACAGAAAAGACGACAGUUAUUGAAACAUUAAAUCCCAACACGACAAUGAAGGACUUGAGUUUGGAUGAUAAGAUGGCCUUCCCCACAAAUAAAGAAGAUGACGGUGAUGCGGAUGAAGAAGAUGUUGACUUGACACCAGAUGCAGUCGUAUUUUCCAAACUUAAAACAUUUGAUGAAAGCCAUAAAUAUCUUUUAAAACAUCCAGAGCUUUUAACCGAAAAAGUAUCCGAUUCACUCCUUGGUGAAGCAUUCACUGCACAGUUAAAAGGAGAAGAGGAAUACGCGAGAAACUGUGUUGUUCAGUCUGUUGUUCUUCAGCAUUGUGGACAGUUAGGAAGAAAUGGUGUAGAAAUAUUUUUUAAAAAGAUCAAUGCCCAGGAUGGUUUAGCGCACAAGAUGUUUUUUGAGUAUGCUGACUCGUUAUAUAACCGUAUCAAGAAGCGAUGUACUGAAAUGAUUGCAGAACAAUCUUCACAAAGUCAAGUGGAAACAAUUCAACUUCAGCCUAUGGGCGAUGGUUCACAAUUGACCAUUCGUGUACCUCAACCUGAGGAUGAGCAAGCCUAUACAGCCUUUACUGGAAUGCCACAAGAGUUCCAAGAUGCAUUAAAAACUGGAAAACUGGAGGAAUUGAAUAAAGUAUUGGAAAAAUUGCCUGUUUCUGAAGCUGAAAAUCUAGUCAAGUUAUGCUCAGAUUAUGGCUUUUUAGAUGUUGAAGGUGAAGUUAUUGAUGAAACUAAACUUCAAAAUUAA